GUUGAUUGGAGCUCUGAAGUUAUUUUGAUGGGAGGAGAGCAUACAUGAGCUCUCAUACUGCUUGCAGAAACCUCAGGGAAUCUCUAACUACUAACAACAUGAACACUCUAAUGUGCUGUGUGUUUCAUGUCAUAUUCCUUGGAGUUUAUGAAAUCCAGUGUACAUCUCACCCAAAGCCUUCAUGUGGAUACCCUCCAUCCCAAUGGUGCAGGUCUCUGGAGAUUGCCAUAGAAUGUGGGGUGCGGAAACAAUGUAUGGAAUUGAACGCGACGCGGCCAGACCCAGUGGUUCCUCCUGUAGAGAUAUCUCUCUAUUACGAGAGCCUGUGUCCAGGCUGCAGAGCAUUCCUAACAGAACAGCUCUUCCCAACCUGGACUUUACUAAAAGAUAUAAUGAAAGUCAACCUGGUGCCCUUCGGCAAUGCUAAGGAGCUUCCUGAAGAGAAUUCAUUCUCAUGUCAACAUGGAGAACCAGAGUGCUACGCUAACAUGGUUGAGGCAUGUGUUUUAUAUGCAGCCAGUCAUGCAGCAUUUCCUGUCAUUUACUGCAUGGAGUCAUCUGCAGAUGUACUAAAAUCUGCUAAGCCUUGUUUGCAGCUCUAUGCGCCGUUUGUUAAAUGGCAGACCAUUGAGUCUUGUACCAGAGGAGAGCUUGGCCAUACUUUGAUGCAUCAGAAUGCAAUGAAGACUCAAGCGCUCAAACCGGCACACACUCAUGUUCCCUGGAUCACCAUCAAUGGAGAAUACACUAGUGAAUGGGAAGACAAAGCUAUGUCCACUCUUUUCAACCUUGUAUGCAGUUUGUACAAAGGAAUCAAGCCACCAGUCUGUACUGGAGCCCUGAAAAAACUAGACCGAAGCUUUUGCUAGUGGAACAGUGUUUGCACACGAUUGUAAUACAUAUUAUUAAACCAAAAGCCUUUGUCUCCAUGUGUUUGAGGUAUAAUAAAAAAGAAUUAACAUUUUAAAAUGUUGACCGUUUUAACCAUAUGUUUGUGUACUUAGCUAUACUUAGGGGACAAAAGUGUAUUUAACAUAUACUUAGGUGUU